AUGUCUGCAAUUAUAUCAGCUAUAUUUAAAGCCACCAUCGGCUUGAUUGUGGAUAAAGGAAGAGAUGUAGCAGCGGAGAGGAUGAAAGAAGGUGACGUGGCUGAUCAGAAGUUUCGCAGCUUGAUCGUGCGUGAUUUGAAAGAGAUCCACAACAAGUUGGAUGCAUUAUCACAAAAGGAUCUUAAGGCAGCUGUAGACUUCUUUGAAACAGGACUCGAAUGUCUUUACAGGGCAUUCGAUACAAUGCACAGUGCUAAUGUUAGUUUGGGAGCAACAAAGGUAUCUGAAAGAAAUGAAGAAGAGGACCUGAAAGAAAUAACUUUGCCCUCGGACACUGACCCUGAAAAGACAAUAGUCGUCGCAGAUGGAAUAAGAAGCAUGCAACUAACUGAGUUGGAUGAAACAACGAAAAGUCUGCUUUCUAAGGCAAAAGAGAAAUUCAGAUUAGCUGUUGAAUACACAACACACGCCUGCAACAAUGAAUCCCUCAGCACGUUUGACCGAAUCACUGCCAUUCGAUAUCGUGUAAUGUCGUCAAUGUUAGAGUCAGCCACUGAAACAGCGAGGACCACAGGUGACUUAAAGAGCACUUUAAUAAGAGCAUUACCAGACUGCGAACAGUGUCUGAGGAAGCUCAAUUCUUUACCUCCUGUUCAGAACAGCUUUAGAGUCGAGCUCAAUAAAAGUCCCCUAAACAUCAGAGGUCGGUUUGGUAAAGAAGAACGGAUGCAGAUAAUUUCCACUGUAUGUCAAGUAAAUCGCACUAUCUACGAUGCCAUGCAAACGGCUGGUAAAGCUAAGGACGUACAUGUCUUGAAGUGGCCAUAUGUUGACAUCGGAGAAGAUAAUGUUGACCCUCUGCGGGAUGUAAGAGUAUUACAACUUUUGAGGAGAGUUAAUAUGGAGCAUUACUGCAUUACAGUGGGGUGGUCGUUUGGUGUGGGAUGCAAGCUUUUGUUCUGGACUAUGGCUACGAACACCCUGGGACAGUUUCUGAUUGCAAAAACCUGUGGGAAAACCGUGCAUGUUUAUGAUAAGAAUGGUACGUUUCAGUUUAGUUUUAAUUCCCCAACUGAUGAUGCUAAAACAGAGAUUGAAAUUGCUAAUCUCGUCACUGAAGACGUAAGCGAGAAGAUCUAUCUACAGGUCAAACUGAAGAGGCCUGGAGCUAAAGAAUGGGAGGGCGAAGUGCAGGUUUUUAACAAGACCGCUGACCUUGAGUACAAGUUUCCUGCGAGAUACGCGCGCAUGGAGAGACUUAUAGUUAGUGGCAGAAAUCUACUAAUAUUGGGAUCCAGUGAGGCUGAUGUAUACAACCAGAAUGGUGAGUUUGUUCGUAGUUUUGAGUUUUUCAAGAGUGGAGGCGACAAGUAUUUAGAUGAUUGCACUGCUACUCACGAUGGUCGCAUCUUGAUAAUGCACCAAAGAGAAGAUUUCAGCGAUUACCACUGUGUCCAUGUAUUCACAAUGGAGGGACAGGAGAUUGCAAAAUUUAAAUCUGGCGUCGGAUUAGAUUUAGCCUCCAUGCGCUUUUCACCUCGCUCUGCAGGUGAACAUGUUGUCAUCGCUGGUCACAACCGUCAUGAUAGGCUCAUAACAGUGGAGAUAUACACUGUGGAUGGAAAACUUGUGCGAAGAAUUCUGCUUCGUGAUGAACGUGGACUUUAUUUUAGAGGAAUUACGGUGACCAUGGAGGGACACAUUGCUGUGGGUUUUGCAGGUAGGAGAGGUGACCUUGACAAGAUAGUCCUCUAUUAA